AUGGUGAGCAACCGCAGCUCGGCGCUCAAGAUCCUGGGCCUGGAUGAGGGCGCGAGCGACGACGAGGUCCGGGCGGCCUACAAGCGGCUGUCCAUCCAAUGGCACCCCGACAAGAACGCGGGCUCCCGGGAGUCUCACGCUAUGAUGCAGCAGAUCAACGCCGCAAAGGACCACAUCCAGCGGUCCGGCAGCCGUCCGGGGUACCCCGCGGGUCGCUACGACUACGUCGAUGACGAGGACGAGGAUGAGUACGAGGAUGCGGAUUACUAUGGGUCAGAUGACGAGGACGGCUACGAGGAGGGCGAGGACGAGUUCGGGCCGUUUGCGUUUGGCCGGAUGGACUUUGCCGCGUUCCUGCGCAUGUACAGCAGGUUCCAACAGGAGCGGGGCGACGACGAAGAGGACUAUGGCGGCGGCGGCGGCGGCGGGCGCGGCAGCUGCUACUGCCCCGACUGCAUCGCCCGACGCCGGGAGGUGAAGCAGCGCCGCCGCGCGUUCCAAAGCGAGGAGGUCCGCGCCGCGCGCGCCGCGCAGCGCGCGGAGGCGGCGGCGCGGAAGGAGGCGGAGGAAGCCGACCUGAAGCUGCAGCAGGAGGACCCCAAGAGCAGCGCCGCGUGGCGCGCAGGCGGCGCCAGCAGGGAAAAAAUAAUCAGGCAGCACUUCCUGCGCCAGCCGGCGCUGCUGGAGGUCACGCCGGCGCCGGCCUACGGCGCGUCGCAGCCCCCAUCCGGCCGCGUCACUGCUAAGCUGAGGGUUGCCGACACCAGCCUGCUGGAGGGCUGCCCGAGCCCCAGCGGCGUGCCACGCAGCGCCCUGGCCCGGCCGCCCGCGGCGGCGGCUGGCGGCCUGUUUGCGGUGCCCCCUGUCGGCGCCGACUGGGAUGUGUCGUACGCGCGCGCAGACAGCGGCGGCGCGCGCAAGUGGACGCUGGUUCCUGGGCCGCGGGAGACAGAGGCGAUGGUCCUCCAGCUGGCGCCAGCCGCUGUCUUCGCCCUCUAA